AUGGAUGAAAACAACGCAGCAAAGUUAACCGGGAUCAAGCAGAUUGUGAGGCUAAAGGAGAUUCUGCAAAAAUGGCAAAGUGUCACAAUAGGGUCAAAGUCAGAUGAUACCGAGUUGGGAGCAAGAAAGCACACAGCCAUCAUUUCACCGGUUAUCAACCAGAGGCUAUUGGAUAUGAAGACAUGUGAUUCCGAUGAGGAAACAAACCAAAGUCCUGAGCCACCGCCUGAUGUCCCUGAAGGAUAUUUGGCUGUCUAUGUUGGACCCGAGCUCCGGAGAUUUAUCAUACCUACAAACUUUCUAAGCCACUCUCUGUUCAAGGUCUUGCUCGAGAAAGCUGAGGAAGAAUACGGAUUUGAUCAUAGCGGCGCCUUAACCAUACCUUGCGAGGUCGAGACUUUCAAGUACUUGCUUAACUGCAUUGAGAACCAUCCUAAAGAUGACACCUUGGGUAAUAAGCUCUUCUUCUUCAUCCUGCUUGUUAAUAUAUCCACACCUUUCUUUUCUUAUACUUUGGAGAUUCAGUGGAAACGGAAGAGUAAAUAA